UUUUUGCCGUUCAGUUUUAGUGAAAAAUUCGAUUAAAACCGACUGAAAAGGUGCUCCAAUAGCGAUGGGUUCAUCAAAAAAGCAUAAGAAGGAAUCGAAGAAACAUAAACGCCGUUCGCGGAGCCGAUCUCCGCAAGAGAAGCGCAGUCGUUCGUUCUCCGGGGAAGAUGAGGUGGUGGAGGAAUACCCGGAACGCUAUAGGAAGGAAUCGACCACUACUGGCGAGAAGAGUCAUCGGCACAAGAAGCACAAGAAAGAGAGGAGUGAACACAAACAGUCCCAACGGCGGACCAAGCCGUCGGCGUCGAAUCGAUACGAGGAGGGCAAUGGCCAGGAAAGUGGAAACAGCAGUCGGCACAGGCGGGAACGCGAGCGGGAGUAUGUCGAGGUGGCCGAGGACAGCGAUAGUUCCGAUUGCAUAGAGGUCCCGGUGGACGAUGAUAUUCCACCGCCUCCGCCUCCGAUUACCCGAAGAGUUCCGUCACCAGAACCGGAACGCAGAUCCCCGUCGCCACCACCACGGGUGAUGGCGUCCCGUAGAAGGACACCGUCGCCACCAAGAAUCGUUAUAACUCGUAGACGUACACCAUCGCCGCCCAGAGUGGCCGUUUCUCGAAGACGUACACCUUCGCCACCCAGAGUGGCCGUUUCCCGAAGACGUACACCGUCGCCACCCAGAGUGGCCGUUUCCCGAAGACGUACACCGUCGCCUCCAAAGGUGGCUUUACCUCGUAGACGGUCACCUUCGCCACCAAGAGUGACUGUUCCUCGUAGACGAUCUCCAUCGCCUCCGCCGGCGCCACCGCCGAUUAAGAUUAGUCGCCGAAGGUCACCUACGCCUCCGCCACCUCCUUCGGUCCGUCAACGAUCGCCAUCGCCGGUUUCAGCGAACGGAGCGGGAGAUGUACUUUCGAUUGAGGAAACCAACAAACUGAGAGCGAAACUUGGGUUGAAACCGCUGGAAGUCGGUCCGUCUACAAUUCCGGAAGGCAGCUCUUCCCAGAGAGAUGAGGAUGCACCUAAGGAUGCCAAAACCGGGAAGAGCUACGAGAGAAUUAAGGAUGAUUUGGGAGAAUUCUAUCAUAAGCCAGCAUCGAGUUUGACGGCGAAGACGAAGGAGGAGAAGAUACGGGAGAAGCUGAAGGAGCGCAAGGAAAGACGAGCGAUUGAGGACAAGUUGAAAAAGGUUAAGACCCUCGGGGAGGAUGAAGAGAUGGAUGAUCUGAAGAGCUGGGCCAUCAAAACGAGGGACAAGCACCGUCUGAAGAAGGAGGCUGACCAGAGGGCAAAGUUGCUGGAUCAGCUGGACGAAGAAUUUGGGGUGGGAGAUUUAGUGGAUCAGGAGGUUCGUGAUUCGAGACGAGAGGCCUACAAAGAACGUGACUUGAGAGGAUUGAGGGUAGAGCAUGACGUGGAAGAGUUCCAAGAAGGUCGCCAGGUUAUUUUGACAUUGAAAGAUGCCGAUGUUUUGGAUGAGGAAGUUGGCGAUACGCUGGUCAACGUAAAUAUGAUCGAUGACGAACGCUACAAGAAGAAUGUUGAAAAAAGAAAGCAGAAACCCAAUCAAUACGGAUACGAUGUGUAUAACCAGGAUGAUGUGGAUGAGUUUGGCUUUCCGAAGGAGAGAGACGUUCUUGGAAAAUACGACGAAGAGAUCGGUGGAUCGAAAAAGUCCAGCUUCACGAUCGGUUCCAAUGCGGAACAUGACGCUUCGGAGAAACGAAGGCAGCUGGAAAUCAGAGCCAAACUGCAGAACAAAAAGUUAGACUCGUUGGAUAUUGUUCCGCUGACGCUGGCUUCGGAAUAUUACAACGAAAUUGAACUGGCCUCGUUUAAAAAGCCAAAGAAGAAAGUCCGUAAGAUCCGCCAAAAGUUGCGCCCAGACGAUCUUCUGGCAGCCGUUCCGGAAUCAUCAUCCAGCCAGGAUCUAGGAUCAAGGUCCGCUCGACGUUCUGCACCGACUGCCACCGAGACAGAAUUACAAUUCCGGAUCAGAAGACAAGACCUCAUCGUGACCGAUGACACCCCCUUUCUCCAGGAGGAUCUAACCAACGUAACUGUCGAAGAAGACGACGAAGAUCUGCAGGCGGUCCUUUCGAGAACCCGUCGGCUCAAACAGAAGGAAGCCCUCAUCUCGAAAGCACUUCCGUUCGAUCCUAAUCAGAUCAAGAAAGAGAUCAAACCGGAAAUGGAAUCCGACGAGGAAAACUCCAGCUACGACACGCGAACCCGAGAUGGUGCCAUUCUGCUGAAUGCAACGGCCGAAUUCUGCCGAACCCUCGGUGACAUUCCAACCUACGGCUUGGCCGGAAAUCGCGAGGAAGACGUAAACGAGAUGAUGGACUUCGAACAGCACAGCGAUAAGGAGCAGGACGAGCUGGAAGAUCGCGCUGCUGGAACGUGGAACUCAGUCAACACCGAACAGGAACAGGAAGAACUGGGCACCUCUGCCGUCCUCGUGGAUGACGUUGCCAUCUUGGAUGAAGAACCGGACGUGGCUUCCAGCGUGGCGGGUGCUUUGCAGCUAGCCCAAUCCAAGGGUUAUCUGGAGAAGGAAGAAUCCAACCGUCCAUCGAACGCUCGGUUCGCUCAUCUUCAAGCGCAGAACUAUUCAAUUGAGGACAAAAACUACGGCGACGAUGACAAGUACUCGCGCCGGGAUCGGUUCAGCGGACCGAUCAUGGACUUCAAGGAGAGGGAAACUUUCAAACCAAAUGUGAAGCUGGAGUACAUCGACGACAAUGGGCAUCUGCUGACACCGAAGGAAGCGUUCCGCUAUCUGUCGCACAAGUUCCACGGCAAGGGACCCGGCAAGAACAAGGUCGAGAAGCGGUUGAAGAAGAACGAACAGGAAGGGCUGAUGAAGAAGAUGAGCUCGACGGAUACCCCGCUGGGAACUUUGAAUAUGCUGCAGCUGAAGCAGAAGGAAACCCAGUCGGCGUUCGUGGUGCUCAGUGGCAGUAAACAGAACACCAGCAUUGUGAAGCAUAAACGUUAGGGGCCGCCGCUUGUCGCCUCCUAAAGGAGGACAGUAA